AUGGAUGCUCUCAUAAUCGUAGACUUUCAAAAUGAUUUCGUUGAGAAUGGGUCUCUAGCUGUCGAAGGGGGUUUGUCGUUAACCGGCCCCAUCAACAACUUGAUCCAUUUUAGAAAGUGGGGUUGUGUAAUUGCAACGAAGGAUUGGCACCCUGAGAAGCAUAUUUCUUUCGCUUCCACCCAUGGUACGCCUGUGUUCUCAGGUAUAGAUCUUAUGAUAAACGGGAGAGAUACGCAUUUAACAUUAUGGCCUGAUCAUUGCGUGCAAGAGUCCCAUGGUGCCAUGAUAGUUGAUGGAAUUGAUUUCAAGUCGAUUGAUCUUAUUUUACCGAAAGGAUGUGACCCUGAAUAUGAGUUCUACUCAGCAUUUCGUGAUGUUACAAAAACAAAAGAGACAGAGCUUCUGGGCUAUCUGAAAUCCAAAGCUAUUAAGUCAGUUUAUGUUGUUGGACUGGCACUAGAUUUUUGUGUUUUGCAUACCGCUUUAGAUGCUGUGGAAUAUGGGUUUGACACAACGGUUCUGGUUUCUUACACGAAGCCAAUAUCCGUAGAAGGCGCGAAUCGCGCCCUCCACUUGCUCCAAGAAAACGGGGUCAAGUGUAUUAUGGAGGCAAUUAAUUAA